AAACCAGUCGGAGUACACUGUUUCGUCUGUCUCUACAAAUUAGGGUUAAAUCUCUUGUUUUUCCUUCACAACUGUCAAAAUGGCGGCGUCGUUCACUACAGCUUCCAAAUUCUCCUUUUCCAUAUCUAACCCUAAAGCCCCAACCACCAGUACCACCGCCGCUAGCGCCAGGUCUAUCCUCUCUCUGUACAAACAGAAAGCAAAUGCUCUCCGCGCUCUUCACUUCUCCUCAAAACCAUACACUUUCUCCACCUCAUGUUCUCAAAGCCAAUCGCCGUCCACUUCCUCUCCUCCUCCUCCUCGCCGCCGUCGUCGGCCGGAAUACAUCCCCAAUCGGAUCGAUGACCCUUCAUAUGUCCGCAUCUUUGACACGACACUCCGUGAUGGAGAGCAGUCCCCGGGCGCCACUCUUACCGCCAAGGAGAAGCUCGACAUUGCCCGCCAGCUUGCCAAGCUUGGCGUGGACAUCAUUGAAGCCGGAUUCCCCGCCGCGUCUCGGGAGGACUUUGAGGCGGUGAAGAUGAUUGCGCAAGAAGUGGGCAACGCCGUCGACGAGGAUGGGUAUGUCCCUGUGAUUUGUGGGUUAUCGAGGUGCAAUGAGAAGGACAUCAAGGCUGCCUGGGAUGCUGUGAAGUACGCGAAGCGGCCAAGGGUACACACUUUUAUAGCUACUAGCGAGAUACACAUGGAGUACAAGUUGAGGAAGACGAAGGAGGAGGUGAUUGAGAUUGCAAGAAGUAUGGUAAAGUUGGCGAGGAGCUUGGGCUGCGACGAUGUGGAGUUUAGCCCAGAAGAUGCUGGGAGAUCGGAGAGGGAAUUUCUGUAUGAGAUUUUGGGUGAAGUUAUAAAAGCAGGGGCAACUACUCUCAACAUCCCUGAUACAGUUGGUAUUACUAUUCCAACUGAAUUUGCUCAGUUGAUUGCUGACAUUAAAGCAAAUACUCCUGGAGUGGAGAAUGUUGUUAUCUCUACACAUUGCCAGAAUGAUCUUGGGCUUUCUACUGCAAAUACUCUAGCUGGGGCAUUUGCAGGGGCAAGACAAUUGGAAUGCACAAUCAAUGGAAUUGGUGAAAGAGCUGGAAAUGCUUCUCUAGAGGAGGUUGUGAUGGCUAUAAAUUGUCGUGGAGAGUCUGUUUUGGGGGGACUUUAUACUGGAAUCAAUACGCGGCACAUUACCAUGGCUAGCAAGAUGGUAGAAGAUUACACAGGAUUGCAUUUACAACCACACAAGGCAAUUGUUGGAGCAAAUGCUUUUGCUCAUGAAAGUGGGAUCCAUCAGGAUGGAAUGCUGAAGCACAAGGGUACUUAUGAAAUUAUAUCUCCAGAAGAUAUCGGGCUUGAACGAUCCAAUGAAGCGGGUAUUGUCCUUGGAAAACUUAGCGGACGCCAUGCUUUGAGGGAUCGCUUGAAGGAGCUUGGUUAUGAGUUAGAUGAUGAGAAACUUGGUCAUAUCUUUUGGCGUUUCAAAGCGGUUGCUGAACAGAAAAAGAGAGUCACUGAUGCUGACCUAAUAGCAUUGGUAUCAGAUGAAGUGUUUCAACCAGAAGUUGUUUGGAAGCUUGUUGAUGUGCAGGUUACAUGUGGAACUCUUGGUCUCUCUACAGCAACUGUCAAACUCAUUCAUGCUAAUGGGGAAGAGAAUGUUGCUUGUUCCGUGGGAACUGGGCCGGUAGAUUCAGCUUACAAGGCUGUUGACAUCAUCGUGAAGGAGCCUGUAACACUUCUUGAGUAUUCCAUGAAUGCUGUUACAGAAGGCAUUGAUGCAAUCGCCACCACCCGUGUUCUAAUUCGCGGAGACAACCAGCAAACAUCUACUCAUGCUUUAACCGGUGAAGAAGUUCAGCGAACGUUUAGUGGAACUGGUGCUGGAAUGGACAUUGUUGUUUCAAGUGUCAAGGCUUACAUUGGUGCGCUAAACAAGAUGUUAGCUUUCAAAGAUAAGUUGCCAACCCAAGUCUCUGUAGAAAAAACUUCUGUUUCUGCUUAAAAUAGGCAUUAAGAUUACCUGUUUCAGUUAUGUUGUGGCUUUAAUGUAUAAGUUUCUGGUUUUGUCCCAAAGGAUGAGACCCUUAGUAGUCUGUCUUUGGUCUUGAUUAGUGUGAAUCUUUCUAUUUGUGAUGAAUUGGUUUGAACUGAAUAAAUUAUUAUACAGAGGA